AGUCGAGGCACUGCCACGCUUUUUGGAGACACGCUCAAGAGCCGGCAGCAAAAAAUAGCAAGCCCAUUCCUCUACGAAGUCGUACUUCGCGGCGUUAGGCCUCCUCUGAGUCCUUCGCACCGCUUGUGAUCCAUCUGUUGGAACGCAUCCAGCAGCUCUACUUCUUGAACCACAUCACAAGGUCAAGAUAACGUACACGACCCCUCAACGCCGCUUUAAAAAGGCUCCUAUGGUAACAGGGGACGACUGUGGAAAAUAAGGCACGAAUAAUUGAAAAUGACAGCUGCUGAGCGCUGAAACAAGGUAAACAAAGUUUAAAGCAGUAGCAAACGUUUGAAUAUACAGCGUAGAUUGAGAAAAACUACUGAAAAUUAUAAGAUGUGGUUUACCACAGGGCUAUAGAAUCAAGCACAGUGAAACCAACGUUUUAAUGAAUACAUAAUGAUGAGCAUUUAGAAGAAGAAAGUAUAUUGAUCCCAUAAGUUUCUGCCUCCGAUAAACAAGGUUUGUUGCCUACCAUGGAGAGGACAUCGAAGAAGCAGAACGUUCCCGCAUUCGACAUGGGUUCGUACUCUGCACUUUCUAUUUGGAGUGGUUUCUACGGGACGGUGUUCGACUUAUUCAAGUUGACGGUCCCGGCAAGGGUAAGCGAAGACCGGCAGAUGCUUGACAUUGGCUGCGGAGUCGGUCACGUUAGCAGAGAGGUCCUCCUGCCGCGGAGCCUGCCGUGCCGGAGACUGGUGGCUACGGACGUGUCUUCGGAUAUGAUCGGCUUUGCGAGGGCCAGCUUUCCACACCCCAAGAUUUCCUACGACGUUCUCGACGUCAGCAAUUCCGAUGACAUAAAACGUCUUGUGGACACGUACGGUCGGUUUGAGCGGGUCUACUCUGUCUGUUGCCUGAACUGGGUGCAAGACCAGGCGUCAGCGUUCAGAAACAUAGCAUCACUUAUGACCACUGAUGGCGACUGCGUGCUGCUAUAUCCGGCCGUGGGCGCUAUCCGGGGAAUUUGGAAAAAGCUGGCAGCGACUCAUCGAUGGAGCCGCUUUGCCGACGUGUUCAAGUUGUUCACAACGAGGAGCUUCCAGUUGACGGACGACGAGUCUCGCCUGGCGUACGCAAGGGACCUCCUUCAAGGAGCAGGCCUGUGCGCAAGAACUUGUGAACUCCUUCGAAUCGACUGGCUCAACGCCGCCCCGCUGAAUCAAAUAGCCCAGUACGCGGUGUCCAUCAGCCCAGUCCACGACAAGCUCACCGCGGAGGAGAAAGUACUUCUUCAAGAGGAUUUCGAAAGAGAAAUGGAAACACUGAAAUCGCUGGGAAGCGAAGAAGCUGAUACGGCAUUCUAUCUUAUCCAUGCGACGCGCCAUCGAGGUCACUAGACUUAGCGGCAGCCUUUGGUGAUUAGGGUAGCCUUCAUGGGAACUGUGCUGGUGAUCCUUAAUAUAGAGCGAUAAUAAAUAAUAAACGUACGUCAUCAUA